UUUUGGCGUUAACGCAUUUCAGCUGCACGAUACCACGACUCCGGAGCGCUGCAGGAAUGACGAGGCGUUGGUUGUUUGUUGUAAUCGUGGGGCUGGUGGCUGCUGCCGGUCAGGAGCCGGUGAAGAAGAAGCCGGUGGCGCCAAAGUUAGCAGUGGACCCUGAGGGCCUCGUCGGCACAUGGUGAGUGAGGGACCACACGGAGUCCCGAUGGAUGGAUGUUGGUGGAUGGGCUGCAUUCUUUGCUGCAUCCGUGUGUGUGUUUGUAGGUAUCUGAUGUACACCAGCCUCACCGAAGUGGCGCUCGGCCGACCGACCGAAUGCGUCGUCACGGGUACGGUACACAUCGCACCACACACAACACCACGCACAGACUCACAGACUCCGAUGGAUGGAUCUCCCUCGUGUGUGUGUUCUCUCCUCAUCUCUCUCUCUCUCUUGGAUGAGCAGAGGUCACGAAGCGCCCCGGUGCUAAGGUAGCGCUGGACAUUUCGAGCACCGGCUCCCGGGACGGCAAGUACCAGACCGACAAGGGCGUCUUCAUCUCGACGGACCCCAAAGACACAUCCAAGUGGAAGUAAGUGUGUGUGCCGACGUCCGUUGAUCGGCAUCAAUUUGCUUCUUGGUGUGUCAAUGUGUGUGUCUGUCUGUCUGUCUGUCUGUGUGCAGGCUCCAAUAUGACUUGGCUACCAAGAGCCCCGCACUGGACAUGGAGAUGCUGUACCUGGGAAAGAAGGACAAGAAGGUAGGGUAAGAGAGCCGAUGAAUGAACCAAAAGCUACACACACGCAGCCAGCCAGCCAGUGAAGGCAGGAAUGAAUGGACGAGCGACGCCUCUGUGUGUGUGUGUGUGUGUGUGUGUGUCAGGGCGCCUACGAUUCUAUUGUGAUAGCCGAUCCGUCCCGGGCGCAGUUCCACAUCGCCGCACGAGAUUGGAAGAAAUUCGCCGAUGCCAGCUACGAAGAUGUAUGUAACCAGUGCGCUGCGCACGACCCGACCUCCACACAUCGGCUGGACUGGCUGCCGCCCAUGGAUAUGUGUGUGUGUGAUGUGCAUUCGAUUGGCGCAGGUGUUGAAAGAGGCGAAAAAGUAUGGCAUCGGCGGCACCCUCAACGCCUUGGUGUCCGUGACCCAGGGGGGCCCUUGCAAGACGACACGCAGCCUCCUCUCAGGCGUUGAAGAGCCCACCAUAUACACCUAGGCAGUUCACUUAGUUGACUGACUGGGGGAGAGGGAGGGUACCCUGGAGUGUGCUGUGCUGUAGACAGACGACAUUGGAUGGAUGGAUGGAUGGCGAUUAGCUGCGUGUGGUGUGUAUGCGUUGCUGUUGCCGCGUUUGGCUGUUUCGUGAGACUGACUGUCCGUCCGUUUGGCUGGCACCAACCAUUUUAUGGCUGCUUGCCCGUCACUUACUGUUUGUUUGUUCGUCCUUCCUUCGCACACACAAUGCUGGUGCCGAUCGACAAGAGAACAAGAGGAAAACACCUUUGUGGCCGGCCUUUGUUGGGGUGUGUGUGUGUGUGUGUGUGUGGAUGGCCUGGCCGACUUUCUUUGUCGGUAUUCGGACGUUAUCGAAUGGGCCGGCCUGUCGUGCGUG